AAUUUCGAAUCUUCUUCACCGUGUUCGUCAUCGUCACCACUGAGACUCUCUGUAGAGAAAAACCCUAGACAUUUUCCGGUGAGAAAUGAGUAUCACUCGUAGCGCGAUCAGAUCGAGUUUGUGUCUCCGGAAAUUGGAUCCGGAAAUCAGUCGUAGCUCGCUUCCGUUUCUUCAAGAGUGGAGGAAAUGCCUAUCUACCGCCACGGAGCAGCCUCCUCCUGCCUCUCCGUUACCACCGCCUCCGGGAGGUUCUCCGGGAGAAGGGAGGUUUUAUGGGAAGUUUUCAGGCUUUUCAAAACAUGCUCUGAAGACAGACAUAAUGAACGUACUCGAGGGCUGCAGUCUGACAUCAGAUGAUCUCAAAUUCAACUAUCCGCGUGGCGGAAACUUAACUCCUGCGGCAGUCUUUGUGCAGUUCCCAUCCCUUUCCGCAUAUGAUAAAGCACUGCGGAAUAUCGCAAAGAAAGGAAAGCUAUAUAGAUUAGAAAAGGCUGCUCGUGCUCAGUGGGAUCCCAUUGUUCCUUAUGAGGGGAAAGUGGUUGCACUACAUGGGAUUCCGGUGAAUGCUAUAACAGAUGACAUAGAUAGGUUCUUAUCUGGCUGUCUCUAUUAUCCUGGAUCCAUCCAGUUCCUCACAGUGUGAGUAAUUAUUGGGUUUACUAAUUCUUAUUUUAUUAGUACCCUGUUUUGUACUUUACUCGAUCCGCAUUUGAUUAGCCGUUAGUUGGACCUGCAGUCUUGCAAAGGCAGUGCUCUCCUGUUUGAUUCAUCAGUUGCACUGAUGUUUAAUCAUAUUACUCACUAGAAUAAGCAAAUAGUACAGAUGUAAUAUAAAUAGCUUUCGCCGGGAACUAUAGGAGGAGUGAUAGCACUCACUCCUGACUGUCAUAUUUUUUUUAUUUUCUCGAGUACGACAUGUGAUAUCUUGUCACCUUGUUAGACAUCAUAUCUAGAAAUCUUUGUGUUCUAUGCCUAUAGUCGUGUUGUGCAGCAGUUUCUGGAUUACUGAUAAUAUGAGGACAUGAAACUAUUUUAAUGCCUUCUUUUACCAUGCAGUCAAGGACUUGGAACUUCAAAGAGGGUAGCAUUGGUGCGUUUCACAUCACAAACCCAGGCAAUGAACGCAUACAUUACAAAGAACAGGAACUUCCUUCUCAACCAACGAAUCACAUUGCAAGUUCUGCAGUAAUUUCUUAGUUUCUAUUCCAUUCUCGUGGUGUAUUCCAAUGGUAAGAGAUCCAAAGCACUUUCUUUUGUCUCUACUGUUGGGAUGUUUUAGGUCGAUUUGGUUAUCAAAAAUUUCCAUCUGCAAACUUCACGAUGCUUGAUAAACUGUUGUUGUCUCUCUCUUCCCUGGUUCAGUUCGAAGUUGAUGAAUAACAAAUACAUGUGUCUUAGUAGAAGCAGAAAGUCUCACAUAAGCAGAUGUUAUACUAUGUGAUCUUUUUCUCUUUCUUGUAUUUUGACUAAAGCUGUUAUCAUUGGAUGCCCAUGUGGUGAAGUGAUCCAUCGUGCUUUU